AACAAACACGCCCUUCUUAGUGGUCUGAAUUAUUUGAGCCCAUAUUCCUGAGCUUUACUCUUUUUCAAUGAAUUCGUUGCUUUUCAGGGGGACGCUGUUUAAAAAUACCUUCGCAAAUACACUUAAACGACCUAUUUCUAAUUUAAACUCUCGCGCGAUGCAUAUUCAAUCGAUUCCCAUGUGGGAGGGGUCCAGCGAUAACUACGCAUAUCUUGUGGUCGACGAUAGUUCAAAGGACGCAGUGAUAAUUGACCCCGCACAUCCUUCCGAAGUUGCUCCUGUAUUGAAGAAGCAUAUUGAUUCUGGAAGCAUCAAUUUGACGUCCAUUGUAAAUACUCACCAUCACUGGGAUCAUGCUGGAGGCAACAGUGAAAUGUUGAAACUAUUUGGUCGUCUUGGCGUCAUUGGAGGCAAGGACUGUGAAAGGGUGACUGAAACCCCAAAGCAUGGCUCAACUUUCAACAUUGGCAAGAGUAUCAAGGUUACAGCUCUUCAUACGCCUUGCCAUACCCAGGACAGCAUUUGCUAUUUCUUUGAGGAUGGAAGUGACCGCGCCGUGUUCACCGGAGACACACUCUUCAUAGGAGGAUGUGGCCGUUUCUUUGAAGGAACACCAGAGGAAAUGCACAAGGCGCUCAAUGAGACUCUUGCGACCUUGCCUGACGACACGAAGGUCUAUCCUGGCCACGAAUAUACCAAGGCCAACAUGAAAUUCGGUGCCUCGGUUCUGCCAUCAGAGGCUGUGAAGAAGGUGCAGGCUUUUGCACAGUCCCAUAAAGAGACUCAGGGCAAGUUUACCAUUGGCGAUGAAAAGCUGCAUAAUGUUUUCAUGAGGGUUAACGACCCGGAGAUCCAGAAAGCAACGGGAAAGACGGAUCCCGUAGAUGUCAUGGGAGCUUUGCGCCAGAUGAAGAAUAGUUUCAAGUGAUUCAACAUGUUCUUAAUUCUGCAAGCUUUUAGUCGUCCAUGGCUGAUAAGUACAACACUAACUACCCUUUGUCCGACAGAAUAACACCACCAGCACAUUCUAAAAUGUAGAAUAAAUUUUGAAAUAAAAACACAC